GACGCUAGGCAGGUAGGCUCAGGUUUCUGCCACAUCUUUUACAGGUUUCUUUUAGAACAGUAGAUUAAUUAUUAACUUCCAAGAUGUUGCUUAAGCUUUAAGAUUUACCUGUUUAACACAUUGGACUCGGUCAUGUGGAUUACUUUGCUACUGAAGGAAGUUUGUGAUUUUUCUGUAGAGCUGAGUUAUUUACAUUUAUAGAGAAGGGCAGGGUUGCAAGGCAGCUGGAGACUAUUUUCAGCAAUCAUCAGGCAUAAAGCAGGAACAACGACUGAACAGGACACCAGUCCAUUACAAACUGAACACACAUUGGCCAAGCCUCCAAUAGUAAUCUCAUCUGGGAUGUAAAUAUCAGGAUACACAUGCUUUAAUUGAACAUAUAUACAAUGAAAUCAUACUGCCAAUCUCCCUUCAUACGCGUUGGAGAAAAGAGAUUCAUUACAAGGACUGAGUUCCAGUCUUUAAUAAAAACAUAUAACUGCUAUUUGAAUAACAGUCCAAAUCUACAGCUAAAUUUACAUGAGGAAAAAGGUCAUAUUGUUGUGGAGGGAGCACUGAAUGUUUUCUGGGGUGUCCGUCAACAUAUACGAUUAAAGGCUCAGGAUGAGAAACAGACCCUGGCUAUUCAAUUGCAUGAGCCUGUUAGCCCAGUUGCAAGCAUAAGAGGAAUGACAAGAUGGGGUGAAUUUGAUGAUCUUCACCAAAUUGCUGAAAUAGAAGAAUCAAAUGAGGAAAAUGAUCAAGAAGUGCCCAAAACUAAAGGACCCCCAAUUUAUGAGUGCGCAACAUUAAAACAAACAAGAGUUCAACAGCCUAUUCCUGAAUCACCCGGCCUGUAUCGAACAAUGAGUGAUGCUUCAUUGGUGAAAAAAAGGGUCAAAACAAACACCCUGGCUGAAAGGCAAAAAACACAGCAACACAGAGUUUCAAUUAAUGGACACUUUUAUAACUAUGAGACAUCUAUUUUUAUUCCGACAUUUGGAUGUGUGACCAAUGUAAGAGUCAACAGCAACAUGACAACACAUGAGGUUAUAGCCCUGCUUCUUCAAAAAUAUAAGGUUGAAAAUGAUCCAAUUGAAUUUGCACUGUACUGUAUUCAUGCAAGCGGUGAACGUAGAAAGAUAAAGAAAUUUGAUUAUCCUUUGUGGGAAAGGUUACUCAAUGGGCCAUCAGGGACUAUUAAUAAAAUGUACUUAAUGGAUACAGAUGAACAAGAAAUCAGCACUGAUGUGGCCCAGUACCUUAGGUUUGACUUUCCAUUUUUAGAGGAAUUUCUUCAAAAGCUAAAAGAGGAAGAAACUAAAGAGAUUCAGAAGGUUUACAACAAGUAUACUCAGCAAAAGGAAGUCAUCAGGAAAUAUCUUCAUUUAAAAAUUAUUUCAAAGACUGAAACAACUGUAUAAAGGAUGGUCUGCAAUCAAAAAGCAAGAUGGAUAAUUCUGUGACAAUUGUUUGUAAUAUACUAUUUCAAAGUUUUUUAAAGUAGCAGUCUUAUUGUAAAAUAUAUUGUGUUAUUUAAAUAAUGGCAGCAAUUGAAAGAAGAAUUUAAGUCACUUUGGUUACUUUUACAGUUAUUUUACUUUUUACAUUUUGUAUAUUUAAAUAAUUUUCAUUGAAAUAUAUCCAAGUAAUAU